ACCACAAUCACGCUGCCGUAAGAUCAUUGAUUCGCAUUUGGCGGAUCCGACGAUCCGCAUAUAGACCAUGUGGUCCACUCGCUGUCGACCUGUACACAGCAGGUUAUCGGAGAUCGUCGCUGUAUCCAAAAGAUGGUUAAAUCUUCAAGAAUACCAGUGCAAGAAGUUGAUGUCAGACUUUGACAUAAAUGUCCAGCGCUUCAUGAUGGUCCGAAAGCCUGCAGACAUUGAAACUAUCAAGAACCAGUUUAAAGUUAGAGAAUUCGUUAUCAAGGCGCAAAUUUUGGCCGGUGGUCGCGGGAAGGGUGUUUUUCGUGAUGGUUUCAAAGGUGGAGUUCACUUGACUACAGAUCCGCAUGUUAUGAGUGAAAUUGUUGCGAAGAUGCUAGGCAACUAUCUGAAAACAAAGCAGACUCCAGAAAACGGGGUCCUUGUGAAUAACGUCAUGGUCGCAGAGGCGCUAGACAUCAAGCGCGAGACGUACUUGGCACUCCUUAUGGACAGAGAAUCCGGAUGCCCCAUUUUAGUUGCCUGUAAACAAGGCGGAGUAGAAAUCGAGCAGCUGGCUCACGACUGUCCUGAAGCUAUUCUGCGUGAGCCUGUGGAUGUGGCGGUCGGUGUGACACAAGCACAAUCAGACCGCAUUGCGGAAUUCUUAGGGUUUGUUCCCGGUUCGGAGCAGUUCAAAGAAGCCUCAUUGCAAAUUCGGCGCCUUUACAAAAUGUUCACCUCUUUGGACUGUCUUCAAAUUGAAGUUAAUCCGUUUGGUGAAACUCCGGACGGUCGCGUUGUUUGUUUUGAUGCUAAGCUCAGCUUCGACCAGAAUGCCGUUUUUCGUCAGCCUGAAGUUUCCCAGAUGGCCGCAGAAGUCGAAGCAGUCGAAGUGGCCGCUGCUGGUCCUCACAGUACGGUCGCUUUGGAAGCGGAGGCCACCAAACAUGGGUUAAAUUACAUUGGGUUAUCCAAAGGUAACAUUGGAUGCAUUGUCAAUGGAGCCGGUCUAGCCAUGGCUACCAUGGAUCUGAUCAAGCAUCAUGGAGGUGAACCUGCAAACUUUCUCGACCUUGGCGGUGGUGUGUCUAUCGAUCAGGUUGAGCACGCUUUCGGGCUAGUCUCGAGCGACCCACGGAUCACGUGCAUUCUGGUCAAUAUCUUUGGCGGAAUCGUCAACUGCAACACAGUUGCCAAGGGUUUGGUCGGUGCCUUCAAGAAAUACAAGGUGUCCGUCCCUGUUGUCGUCCGUCUUCAUGGAACCAACAGCGUGGAGGCCGCCGAAUUAUUGAAAAGCGCGAAUGUUGGAUUGCUCCCGGCAGCUACAUUUGACGAAGCGGCUCGUCUAGCCGUCUCCAAAUCUAAACAAAAGCACGCUAGUCAUUCCUAGCGUAUUUUUCAGCUCCAUUAUAUCCUCAAGUGUGCAUUGCACCGGUUUCAAGCAGAUCCGCAUCUGAUUAAGAUUGUAUUGUGUCUCCUAUUGUUCUGGUCCUCUUGGUACAUUUUGUCAGUCACAUGUAGUUGCAUUUCUAGUGUUUGAUUUAUUCUGGCAAUUCCCGUCCUCACACAUGCGGAUUUAAAUUGCCCUUCAUGUAUUUGACAAACACUUCCUACCCUACUAGAAUGAACUUAGUGUUUCACCCCUUUCUGCGCGCAUUUUGAUUCCGGUGCUGCGUCGCAGUUGGCCGUGUUUCAUUCAACUUUCUCUUCGAUCUUUCACCUUUUCCCUUAGCAAAUCAGGUGCUCACAUCCUGUAACGCAAACUCACCGGCAGUGGUCGAACCGUAAAUUGUUUUCCUUCAAAGCAGCCUAAACGUUACGCGACGGUUUGCUUACCUCUGUGCCCCAUUGAGCUACGCUGGGUGGCACUAUCCAAGUCGUCGAUUGUCUUCUGUUUUGAAAACCUAAUCAUAGGC